AUGGCGACAACAUAUCCCUUCCCGGAUAACGUUCAUGUCUCAAGUUUGGUCACUCUCAAGCUUACUGAUAGCAACUACUUGCUUUGGAAGACGCAGUUCGAGUCUCUGCUGUCUAGUCAGAAGCUUAUUGGUUUCGUUAAUGGUGCUGUCACGGCUCCAUCUAAAAAUUGUCUCGUUGUCAACGGUGAUGUCACCACCGAAGUUCCAAACCCACAGUAUGAAGCUUGGUUCUGUACUGAUCAGUUAGUCCGCUCCUGGUUGUUUGGCACCUUGUCUGAGGAGGUCCUUGGCCAUGUUCACAAUCUCCAAACAUCACAGCAGAUCUGGAUCUCCCUCGCCGAGAACUUCAACAAGAGCAGUGUAGCAAGAGAGUUCUCGCUUCAUCGCAGCCUGCAGCUUUUGUCAAAAAAAGAUAAGUCCUUCUCUGUCUACUGUCGUGAGUUUAAGACUAUUUGUGACUCUCUGAGCUCCAUUGGCAAGCCCAUUGAUGAGUCCAUGAAGAUCUUUGGCUUUCUCAAUGGAUUGGGGAGAGAAUACGACCCUAUCACCACUGUUAUCCAAAGUUCCUUGAGCAAGCUUCCUACUCCUACCUUCAACGAUGUCAUCUCAGAGGUCCAAGGAUUUGAUAGUAAGCUGCAGUCGUAUGAUGAUUCUCCAUCUGCCAAUCCUCAUCUCGCCUUCAUGACUGAAAAGACGAACCCUUGUGCUCCCCAGUAUCAACCAAACUCAAGAGGUCGUGGAGGUCGCUUUAGUCAAAACAGAGGAAGAGGUGGAUACAGUACUCGAGGUUGUGGCUUCUCUCAGCAUCAAUCCAGCUCUACACCGCAAGGGGAGAGACCAAUCUGCCAAAUUUGUGGCCGUACUGGUCACACGGCGAUCAAAUGCUACAACCGCUUUGAUAAUAACUAUCAAAGUGAAGUCCCAAGUCAAGCGUUUGCAUCUCUCCGAGUGUCUGAUGAGAAUGGACAAGAGUGGCACCCUGACUCAGCUGCUACCGCUCACAUCACCAACUCAACCUCAGGUCUACAAUAUGCUACCUCGUACGAAGGGACUGAUGCUGUGAUGGUAGGAGAUGGAGCCUACCUACCGAUCACUCACAUUGGAUCAACCACCAUUUCCUCUGCAAAAAGUACUAUUCCUCUCAAUGACGUUCUAGUUUGUCCUGAUCACUCACAUUUGACUCUGAUUCUGUAUACAUAA